CGAAAGAUGUCGCCAUCAUCGUCAAUAACUUCCAUCUAAAGAAGAAAGUUAGACCACACAGAUCAUUGCCUUUUAUGGUUCUUUAAGACUAACUCAGAAAUAAUGAAUUAAGAAAUCAUAUCUGUAUAUAAAGACACAAAAUGGACCAGGCAUAUUAUGAAAGGAUUUCACGACAAAAACAUGUAAGAACAUUACUACAGAAAGCUGUUUUAAAUCUGUGCCAAAAAAAUUAUGCUACAUGUGCCCCAAACCUUGAAGUAGAUGGAAUUAUUUGCAUAUCAUUUCCUGACAGUCCUGACCAGCAUGUUGUAAAGAUUCAUGAGAAAAUUCAGCUGAACGAUUUUCGCACAGGUCUUUCAUGUAGUGACGCUGCAGUAACAAAAGUUCAUAGGUCACCUAAUAACUGUAAUAAUGGACAACAUAUGUAUGUUGUACGCAAUAAUGAGUCAGAUGAAGUCGUAGAAGAUAGAGAUAGUAUGCAAAGCUCAUACUUAGAUGUUAGGAAUGAAAAUUCACUGUCUCUUAGCCCUGGAAGUUCAGUCUUUCCAAAGAUGGAAUCUGUCUCAUCACUGAAUAAUAAACAAUUUGAAGGGGACGUGCAUAGUUCUAAGUCAAAAAGGAAAAUGUUUAAAGUAGUUCAACGAAAAAGAAACACUAUUGAAGAACCUGAUGUUGUGUCUGACUCUUCAGAUGAAGAUAUGAAUGUGUCAAAAGAUCAGGAGUCCUCCAAAUCCAGUCCACGUCAUUCUGCAAAUGAUACUAUAGGGCAAAAUCAGUCUCCAAAUGGAAAGAAAACAAACUUUUGUGAAUCUGUAAAAGACGGAUAUGUCAUUGUCAAGGUUGAAAAUUUUGACGAUGAAGGCAUUGACGAUUCAAAACAUGGUGGCAUUUGCUCGGACAAAAAUAAUAAACAUGAAGAACUAGGCAGUGAUAGUCUACCAUCUAGAAAAUGGAUUCAAUUGCCAUCACAGGAUGAAAAUGAAUCAUCUUACUCCAAAGGUAGAGAAUCUCUUAUUACAAUCGAAGGUCAUCUCACAGAUAAUUCAGCACACGAAAGCCCAAACAGAAACUCAAAUAACAAAGAUAUCCAUUUUCCAGACACUGAUGGAUAUCAAGUCAGACCCUCAGUUGGACAAAUUGAUUUAUCAAAAACAUCUGGCUACUGUGGUACAAGUCCUGAAGACAAACAUCUAGAUUCUUUUAGUUAUCGUGGAAAAGAUACACAGUUCAGAGAUUCGUCAAGCUUCUCAAAUCUUGAAAAUGUUAGCUGUUUCCCUCCAUUUACUAGAAGCUUAUUAGAGACUAGAGCACUGUUGAAUAAAGGGACGAAAAGUGUAGAUAAUCUACUAAUGAACAAGUGUAAAAAAGAUCAACUUAGUGCACAUGAAUCAUCGUUUAGAGAUAGACAAAGUAUGAUUGAUCUCCAAUCAACCUCAACUGCCUCAGAAAAGAAAUCACCACUUUUGUCCUAUAGUAUAGCUCUAAAUACAGACAAGGAGAAGAAAUAUUUUUGCAAGCAUUGUGGGAAGGGGUUCACUCUGAAAUGUACAAGGUCACGACAUGAAAAGACAAUUUGUGGCGGUGGAGGUGAAGGACAGUACAGAUGCCAUAUAUGUUUGAAAGUGUUUACUCGCUCUGACAGUAGAUGUAGACAUCUAUGGAAGACUCACGGUGUUAAAAACGAAGUUACUACAAUGUGUUGAUUUUUCUGAAUUUCAGUAAUAAUUUGUGCUUUUAAUAGGAAUUUUCAGACAUAAUUUUGUUAAAACUGAAGGUUCUACCAUGAGCCUGAUAUUUCAGAAUUUCAGUAAUGGUUUGUGCUUAAAAUAAGAACUUUUAGACAUAGUUUUGCUAAAAAUGAAGUUUUACUAUGAUAUGUUGUUAUUUGAGAAAUAAAUUGUGCAUUAUUUCUGGAUUUUCAGAAAUAUGCUAUGCUGUUCUUCUGAAAUUGCAGGUAUAGUAUUCAAAUUUUCUGAAUUUAUAGAAUUAAUAAUAAUUUGUACUAAAUUUCUGUUUUUGCAGAAAAAAGAAUCUGCUAGAUUUUGUGCUUUUAUACAUGUAAUGUUGUCUAUUUGUAACUUAUUAUUUAUUUUAUUGAUCAUCAUGUACAUUUUUUGUGUACUACAAAUCACUGGAUUUUUACAACUUUGUAUGUUUAUAACUAAAUCAGAAAUGUUUAUAAACAGUGUAGUUCUUGCUUUAUUAUCGGUAUUAUUACAGUCUUUAAAGUUAUGAUUAAUGGAAACUUUCUUUAUCAAACAGUUGCAGUGUAAAGAGAUAUAUAUUUAAUAAAAGAAAAAACAUGGAAAAUUUAUUGAAAAUUUUUUGUUGUUUGGCAUAAGAUUUGUUUGAAUUGUCCCCCAUUUUGGGCAGGUAUUCUAAUAUUAUUAUAGCUACUGUUUAAUUUAUUAUUUAUUUUAGACUGAGGAUAAUUUAGGGCUUUACACAUUGUCUGUUGUUGUAGACUGUAUGUUAUAGACCUCUAAAUGUCCUUUGGUUAUUUUGAGUUUUUUGCUUGCAGUCUUAAUGACAUAUAUACUCUCAAUAUAUUUAGAAAAGUAUUUACUAUCAAAUUUUCACAUUUAAUUUUUCCAAAAUUUAUUCAAGAUCAGAUUUGAAAAUUUUUGGAAUUUUGCUUGACUUAGAAUAUCCAAAGUAAGAUUAUUUAUUCUUUGCAUAAAAUAUUAUUUGUAUUUUAUACACAAAAAAGGAAGCUAUAUUUAGAUUUACCUAAAGUCAUUUAUGGUAACGGGACUGCACAGAAAAAUAUUCACUUCCAAGUUGGACCACUCCUCCAAUUAAAAGGAAUGGUACCACAUAUAUGUAUCACCAAACUCAUUCUACUGUUAUAAGUUGUAAAGCUUUUAAAAAAAAUGAUACUCAUUUAGUUUAGCAUUUUGCCAACCCAUUCUGCUACCCAUUAAAUUAAAAAGAAAAUCAACUAGCAUAUCAUUAUACAUAUAUUUAAAAAAAAAAUGCUUAUCCACAGAUGAAGUAACAGUUUUUUUUUAAAUUUUGAGGCAAUUAUAGUCGGGUCACUUUUUGUUUACGAUUCAUUGUGAGUGUCAGGAAUUAUAGAACUAAAUGAUAAAAAAAAACUUUCUUAUGGAACCAUAGCAAGUAUAAUUUUAAAGUCAUUUCUUCAGCUUUAUUUUGACUGCUAGACCAAUAUCUUAUAAAGUGUAUCAUAUUAAGCCAGAUUGAAACCAAUACCAAAUUACCAAUGUUUUAUCAAUGAUAACAAAGUCUGACUAAUGAAAAUUAAUGACAAACACAUAACAAUCUUUAAAUUUUGUUUAACAUGUCUCUUUGUAAAUUAAAGUAUAACAAGAUGCAGAGCAUGUAAGAAAUCUAAACUCAGUACCUUGAUCCAUUUUUAGCUCACCUGGCAUAAAAGGCAAAGUGAGUUUUUCUCAUCAUUUGACGUCCGUUGUCUUCAUUGUUAACUUUUACUAAAUCUUAUCCUCUGAAACUCCUGGACCAAAUUUAACCCAACUUGUCCACAACAUGAUUAGGGUAUUAAGUUAAAAAAAAUGUGUCUGAUGACCCCGCCUGCCAAACAACAUGGCUGACAUGGCUAAAAAUAGAACAUAGGGGUAAAAUGCAAGUCUUGUCUAUUAUCUUGAAAACUGUAAUAAAUAGAGAAAAUCUUAUGGGGCAAAAAUGUUCAGAAUGAUGAGAUCUACUCAUUGUUUUUUUUACUUCAAAACUGUCAGACGAUUUCCUAUACAAGUUAUUAGCCUUAAAUGACAAAUUUUACCGAUUUUUUUCAUGUUAGCCUUUUAUCUGAAAAACUAUUAUAGAUUGGGAGAAACUUUAUGAUGAAAAAUUAUCAACUAUAAAGUCCAAUGGUCAAAAUCAUCAGAUGACUCCUUAUUGGAAUUAUUGACCUUUAACAACGAUUUUUUUCAUUUUUUUGCGUUUUUGCCUAAUAUCUGAAAAACUAUUAUACAUGUAGAUAGAUAGAAAUUUCAAUAAGCAAAAGUAACCAGAAAGACAAGAUCUACAAAUAAGUUAACAAUUUUGAAAUCGUCUGACCACCCCUUGUUGGACUAUGAUUUUUACCAAUUUUUUACGUUUUUGCCUAAUAUCUGAAAAAAAUAUAAAAGAUAGAAAGAAACAUAAUUAAGCAAAAAUGAUCAGCAAGACUUGAUCUACAAAUAAGUCAAAUAGCUGAAAUCAUCAGUUGACUCCUUGUAGGAGUACUUGUAUACCCUACUAAUAGUAGCUGGUGAUGCAUUGUAUAGAUUUCUCAUAUCAGCUGAAAUGAAUAAAAACUCAUUGGGCAUUUGUUAUACAAAUAAAAAGUGCAUGUUUCAAAAGGUUUCUGCGGUUAGAAUAAGUUACGAUUUAUACUUUAUUAAAAAGAAUAUAGAAUACAUUGUACAUUAUCAUGUUUAUUAAUCUUUCUCAAUUUGUUAAAAUAAGUAAUAAAUGAAGAUCAUAACCAAUAUUUGGUGGUAGAAGUGAUUGAAAUGCAUAUGGUGGUCAUCCAAAUUGUAUUCUUAAUGUAUGUUAGCAGGAAAAAAAUUUCAAGAUGAUAUAGUCAAUGCUUUGUAUGACCGUCCAUCUAAAUUUCUUCCUAUGUCAUUUUCCAUCCAUCAAUGUAUGGUUCAAGGAGAAUAUGUUGGCUGUGCCAACUGUCUACUUGUUUAUUCUUAAGGAUGUUCGCUCCUCUUGUUUUUGAAUUUUUGCCAGAUAUUCGGAAUCCUCUGGUUUUAUCCAUGUAGUGCCAUUACAAAUUUUUGCCCACUAACCCCUACUUUUCUUUUCAUAAUUUGAAUAAAUAUAGUUUAAAAUACCAUCUUUGAAAAUCUUAUUAAAUCCUUGUUAUUUUUUCAUACUUUUGGACAGAAAAAGGUGCCAAUGUUAAAUGUAUGAAAAAUCUAGAGAGAAUCAUUUCCCGCCAAAUUUUCAAUGGCUUAUAUCUCGAAAAUAAGCACACAGACCCUUCAUUUUUAUCUGCUUUUUCAGUUCCUUUAUCUAUAUACUAUCAAUUUAUAACAGUCUUUUAAAAAGCUUAUUAUUUUGAAACAGAGUAGCGAACAUCCUUAAGUUAUUAUUUGUUUUGUUCUUUGUUAUUUGUAACAUCAAUUACAAAUUGAUAAAAUUAUUUAUAACUUGUACUAAGAGAGGUUUUACAACAAGAAUUGAGAUAACCAUUGCGAAUCAUUGAGUAGUUGGGACAUAGCUAGUCAUUUUAUGAAAAACUUCCUAUACAGAUUUAAGAAUAUGAUUUAUCAUUGCUUUACUAGAUUUUUUAUUUGUCCAUUAGGAAUUUAUAUGUUUUUUUAACCUGUGAUGAUACUUUUAUUGUGAGUAGCAGAAUUGAUAGGCAAGGUUGAAUAAGUGUAAGAAAAGAAACAGGACCCUGUAUUAUGGGGACUGAAAAAAAAACAUUUGCUGAAUAAUUUUCAAGGCAAGGUUUAAGGAUAAUGGAUUUUAAGAAGUAUGCAUCUCAAAAAGAGCUACUAUUGUUGCCAUUUUUCAUCUUCCUUAAAUCAUGCCACUGAUGUUUGUAAGCAGACAAAAUCAAUUAAUCCUUAUAUUAUUUUCUGUCAAUGUUGAGGUUUCAUUUAUCUACCUUGAAAUCAUUUAAGUUUAUACGAUAAUUAAAUUUUCAAAUUUAUUCUGCGUAGAAUAGCCUUUUUGCCAAUUCCGUAAUUGAUCCUGUAAUUAAAGAUCCAUUUGUAUGAGUUGUUUCCCCUAGGAGGAACAUAAAUAUUUAUUAUCUAUGAAGAGAUAGCAAAAACAACAAAUGUAUCUGUGCAUAAUGUGUGUAAUCUUUAAUUUUUAUUUCUAAUCUUUUAAUUGUUAAGCUAAACAAAAAUUGAUAUCAAUAAUUAUUUCAUUAAAAUUUGUUAAAACAUCUACAAUCACUUUCAACUUAAUAAAAAAAAAACAAUUGCAUGAACAACCCAUUUUGUCUAGUUGAGAACUAUAAAGCUACAGUUGGCAAAUUGAAAUGAUUUGUGUUUAAAGUGUGUAACAACAGACAUGACAGAACUAAAUGGGUAAUUGGCCAAUAGACUAUUCAAGUUAAAGUUCAUCAAGUUGUGUACACUUUACAGAUCAAAAUACCUAUGUAGUCAUGUCUAUACAGGAAGUGUAUUGAAAGUACAUGAAAUUAGAUUUAUUACGUGAUAGUGGUCUUUAGGCUCUAUUCAACACAACUAUAGAAACAACCACAUAUUUCUUAUAUGAUAGGAUAAGAGCUUGAAUUUUCCCUUGCCAUUACAUCCAUUAAAUCCACUAAAGGCCAUCCUUAAAAAAAUGUUUGUUUGAUGUUUCCUUCCAUGCCUUGCCAGGUUGGGUAGGAAAGAAGGGAUUUUUAUGUCCCCGCCGCAGCAGAGGGGGCAUAUAAUUUUACCCUUGUCCGUCCGUUCGUCCGUCUGUACGUUCGUACGUCCCAAAACUGGUUUCCGUUCUCUAACUUUAGUUUGCCUCAACCAAAUGUUAUGAAACUUAUACACAAUGCUGAUUACCACCUAAUACAGAUAAAGUUUGAAAUUGGGUGGCGUCACUUUUACCGUUCUUAAGUUAUGCCCCUUUAUAAACAUAAAAAUUGCUGAAUUUUUCGUUUCCAAUCUCUUAUUUUAGUUUGCCUCAAUCAAAUGUUAUGAAACUUAUACACAAUACUUAUUACCACAAAACUCAGAUCAAGUAAAAAUUAGGGUAGCGUCACUUUUACCGUUCUUCAGUUAUAUCCCUUUAUAACUUUAUUAGAUAUGCAAGCGGGGGCAUCAUCUGUGUCCCAUGGAGACAUUCCCCAUUUAUUUUUUUUUUGGGCCAACAACAUAACUUACAUGUUUUAGACAAGAAAAUGAUGUUAAAAAAGCAGGCAAAAAAGUUUAAAAAAAAAAUUUGAACCGAUUUGUGUCAUACAAUUUUUCAGGUAGGCUGCUUUUUAGGUGGGUAGGUAGGCAACAUUAAACAAUCUAAAUUUUAUUUUUGGCCCGAUUUUGACUCUGUUGGCUAGUUGUCUCAUUGGACAUCACAUCUCCUUAUUUUAUAUAAAUACCUUUUCAUAAAAACAUAGACAAAUUUUAUAAGUGUAUUUGCAUGAAACAAAUUCAGAUACCAUAAGUUAACAUUUGUAAUUAUAUUUGUAUUGAGAUGAAUUUGAUAAUAGUUUAACAGAUGUUUCCUGUUUUAUGUGUGUGUGUGGUAUAUGCUGUAUGAAUCAAAUGGGUUAUAUUACUUUUUUACUAAAAUAGGUUGUUAAUAAGAAUAAAAUAUUCAGUUACCUUUUUUCAAAUUUUUAUGCUGUUUUGUACCUUUGUAUUUAUUAAAUUUAAUUUGUGAUUCAGUUAAAUGCAAUUAGUAAUUGAAUUGAAAUCCACUCCUAGUUUUAGAAACUGAGCAUUUUAAAUCAAGUAGUUUAAAGUAUUCACAUCUUUUUGAAAGUUAUGUUAAUAAAAAAGUAUUGCAAGAAUAUUGUUUUUAGUUGGUCUUAAUGGAGGUGCCUUCAUGACAAAUAAGGAUUAAAUCAAAUAUAUUUAACUUUAACUUUAUAUGUUAACAAAAAAUUUUUAUUUGUAAUUGAUGUGAACUAUAAAACGUUUGGGCAUGACAAUUAAUUAAUUUUAAAACUUUGUGAAAUAAAGUCCAAUUAUGAUUGUUGGAGCUAGAUGACCAAGCCAGAGUCACUGUAAUAUAAUUAUCCAAGGAUGAUAGACAUAAAUAUUUAUUUGAGUAUAAUAAAAUAGAGACAUAUAAAUUCAAGGUGACAAGUCAAGGUUAACAACAUCUUUGUUUUGUCUUCCUUUUUUUAACAAGUAUAGUUAAAAAAGAAAUUGACAUGCACUAUAACUUUCUUUUCCAUCAUAUAAUAUAUUAAUUUUUUAACUUAAGUAAAAGGUGCAUUGAACUAGUCCCGAGAGAUGGAAUUUCAAUAAAUAUUUUAAAUGUUGUUUGCUAUUUUGUUAGUGUAGAUUUAGAUAAGUUUAUUAUCAUUAUUUGAUUGAAUCUUGCCGUUUUAUAUUGUGAUACACAAAAAUUGUAAAUAUGCAACAGAUUUAAAUUAUUAAAAUAUAAUUGUAAAACUAU